GUUGCUGAGCAAGCGGGGAGGGGCCGAGCCUGCGGCUCCCCAUAAACCUGGCCGCUUCGCCCACGGCCCGGCAGAUGUGGGGGCUCUCCUCGUCCCCCUGCAGUGCGGUCACGGGCUGCGUCCCGCUGCCCUCGGACCCCGCACGGCUCCGGGCGUCUCGCCUGCCCUCCCCGCCGCGCUGAGCCCGAGUUUCCAGAGCUCUUCACACAGUUGGGAAAGACUUCGGGGCUGGCCGAAAGGAGCCGGGUGAGCAGAGAGGAAAAGAGGGAGGGAAAAACAGGAGGAAAAAAAAAAAAAAGAAUAAGGGGAAAAAGAUCAUGGUGGUGAGGGCUUGCCAAGAAACGCUUUGGGAGAGGACGGUGAGAAAAGGAGACGGCGGCUCUUCCCCGAGGGGUGAGGACGGGAGCCCAGCACCUCUGGGCUUGAACUUUAGCACCCUCUUCUGCGAAAGCACAAGGAGCAGGAUCGCCUCGUCCUGAGCGAGCCGGGAGAAGCCAGCCGCUCUCUCCGGCGAGGUUUUUUUUCUGUGCUGCUUUCAAAAGAAACACCAGGAAGAGAGCGCAAAGAAAGGCAGCCAGCGCUCGUGGCGCUCGGGACGCUUCGUGAGUAGCCGUGGGGCUGUGGGGAAUCGCGUGCCCGCUCACAGCACCGCGAUGCUUGCUUGCUUUUGACUGAACGCGACCCAGCACGGCGGAUUUCUCUCUUUGUGUGUGUGCCUCCAUGGCAGCUCCUCCCGCAGGGGCCGCGGGGGGCAGCCCCUAGGUGGGGGGCUCUCGGAGGAGCGGGCACCCUGCGCGGCCCUGGGGCGAUGCCGGCACAGUAGCGCCCGUAGGCAGGCGGCACCCCCUGCUCAGGAUGGCUGUGUACGCCCUCACGGGCUUCUCGCUGGUCAGCCUGCUGAGCUUUGGCUACUUGUCCUGGGACUGGAUGAAGCCCGGCUUGGUGGCCGACGUGCCCACAGGCCCCCUGGAGAAGUCGCUGCCUCCCGCCUUCGCCCGGCCGCCGCACAUCAUCUUCAUCCUGACCGACGACCAGGGCUACCACGACGUCGGGUACCACGGCUCCGACAUCCAGACGCCCACCCUGGACAGGCUGGCAGCCGAGGGCGUGAAGCUGGAGAACUACUACAUCCAGCCCAUCUGCACGCCCUCCAGGAGCCAGCUGAUAACCGGACGGUACCAGAUCCACACAGGGCUGCAGCACUCCAUCAUCCGCCCCCGGCAGCCCAACUGCCUGCCCCUCGACCAGGUCACCCUGCCCCAGAAGCUGCAGGAGGCCGGCUACUCCACGCACAUGGUGGGCAAGUGGCACCUCGGCUUCUACAAGAAGGAGUGCCUGCCCACCCGCCGGGGCUUCGACACCUUCCUGGGCUCCCUGACGGGCAACGUGGACUACUACACCUACGACAACUGCGACGGGCCGGGCGUCUGCGGCUACGACCUGCACGAGGGGGAGGACGUGGCGUGGGACCAGAGCGGGAAGUACUCCACCUUCCUCUACGCCCAGCGUGUCAGCAAGAUCCUGGCGUCCCACAGCCCCAGGGAGCCCAUCUUCAUCUACGUGGCCUUCCAGGCCGUGCACACCCCUCUGCAGUCGCCCAAGGAGUACAUCUACCGCUACCGCUCCAUGGGCAACGUCGCCCGCCGCAAGUACGCCGCCAUGGUCACCUGCAUGGACGAGGCGGUGAAGAACAUCACCUGGGCCCUCAAGAAGUACGGUUAUUACGACAACAGCGUGAUCGUGUUCUCCACAGACAACGGCGGGCAGACCUUCUCCGGGGGCAGCAACUGGCCGCUGCGGGGACGGAAAGGGACGUACUGGGAAGGGGGCGUCCGCGGCAUCGGUUUUGUGCACAGCCCUCUGAUCAAGCGCAAGCGCCGGACCAGCUGGGCGCUGGUGCACAUCACGGACUGGUACCCGACCCUGGUGAGCCUGGCCAGGGGCAACCUGAGCAACGUCCCGGGCCUGGACGGCUACAACGUCUGGCCCGCCAUCAGCGAGGGGAAGGAGUCGCCGCGGACCGAAAUCCUGCACAACAUCGACCCCCUCUACAACCACGCCAAGUACGGCUCCUUGGAGGACGGCUUCGGCAUCUGGAACACGGCCGUGCAGGCCUCCAUCCGCGUCGGGGAGUGGAAGCUCCUCACCGGCGACCCGGGCUACAGCGACUGGAUCCCCCCGCAGACGCUGACCAACUUCCCGGGCAGCUGGUGGAACCUGGAGCGGCUCACCGACGGCCCGAGGAAGUCCGUGUGGCUCUUCAACAUCACCGCCGACCCCUACGAGCGCUACGACCUCUCGGAGCAGCGCCCGGACGUCGUCAGGGCCCUCCUGCGGCGGCUGGCCUACUACAACCGGACGGCCAUCCCGGUGCGGUACCCCGCCGAGAACCCCCGCGCCCACCCGGACUUCAACGGCGGCGCCUGGGGGCCUUGGGCCGGCGAGGACGAUGUGGACGAGUGGGAAGGGGGCCGGGAACCCCCCAAGAGUCGGAGUAAGAAGAAGAAGUGCAAGAUCUGCAAGCUGCGCUCCUUCUUCCGCAAGCUGAACACCAGGCUCAUGUCCAACCGCAUCUGACCGGGGGCUCCCCAGCAUCGGUGCAGCCCGGCUCGGGGGGAGCUGGCAGCGCCGUGGGGUGGGAUGGAGGGAGAGGGACGUCCCGGGGGUGCUCAGCAGCCUCCUGC